AUGGAUUUCCUCAAAUCAGCGGUAGCAUCCGCAAUCUCAAAAGGCCCGGCAUUUGGGUACACGUUUGGAGACCGUGUCGACUUGAAUGACUCCAUCUGGACACUACACAACGGCACAAAGCGAGUAUGGCCCGGAUAUGGUUCCAAGUGUAGCAUAUUCUCCUUCGACAUUACCGCCAACAAGUCUCGGCUGCCCCUCGCCCGCAAUGCGCUCCGCAAGCUACGAACGCUGCGGCACCCUGGCGUCGUAAAGGUCUUGGAUACGGUAGAGACGGACACAUACAUUUACAUUGCGACCGAGCGACUCAGCCCAUUGAGCUGGCAUGUCAAGCGAAAGAGCCUGACAGAAGAGACGACAAAAUGGGGCCUACACAACAUCGCCAAGACGCUCAAGUUCAUAAACGCCGAUGCUUCGUCAAUACACGGUUGUAUUCGCGCAGCCUCGAUAUACUUUAGCGAAAGUGGAGAGUGGAAACUUGGCGGUUUCGAUGCGCUGAGUUCGGUGAAAGAGGAUGACUCGGUAUUACCCACGUACGGUGGUCUCAUACCAGACGCAGGCCGAUUCAUGGCGCCCGAAGUUUCCAAGGGAGGAUGGGAAGUGGUGAAGCAGAACCCGACACAUGCUGUGGAUGCGUACAACUAUGGCAUCCUCAUCUUUGAGUGCUUCAAUGGCGGCUACAACAGCAGUGAACAACUAGGGCAAAUGAAGAGCAUCCCUCCAACCAUGCACCAGUCGUACAAACGCCUCCUCAACCCGAAUCCAAAGUCGCGCAUGAGUGUUGGUCAGUUUCUCGACCAGGGCAUGCGAAUAGGAGGCUUCUUUCGGACACCGUUGAUUCAGGUUACUGAGGACAUUGACAAUCUAGGUCUAAAAGCCGAAGAUGAGCGGAAUGAAUUGCUUGGGCAGCUUGAUGCAGUUGCAGACGACUUCCCAGCCGAAUUCUUCAAGAUGAAGGUGCUCCCUGAACUACUCAAGUCGGUAGAGUUUGGAGGUGGGGGUGCCAAGGUGUUCAGCACAGUUAUGAAAAUAGGGCAAAAGCUCUCAGAAGACGAGUAUGAGGCUCAAAUCACGCCAGUCGUGGUCCGUCUAUUUGCAAACCCAGACAGGGGGAUACGAGUCUGCCUGUUGGACAAUCUGCCACUUAUGAUUGAUCAUCUGCCGCAAAAGCUUGUAAACGACAAGAUAUUUCCACAGAUGGUCACUGGUUUCUCUGACAUUGCUCCAGUCGUGAGGGAGCAGACUGUCAAAGCCAUCCUUACGGUAGUGCCCAAGCUCUCUGAUCGCGUUGUGAACGGCGAGCUCCUCCGCCAUUUGGCAAAGACAGCAAACGACGAACAGCCUGGAAUUCGAACAAAUACAACAAUUUGUUUAGGAAAGAUUGCGCGAAACCUGGGAGCAAAUACUCGAGCCAAAGUCCUCGCGGCCGCAUUCGCACGCUCACUACGGGACCCUUUCGUUCAUGCUCGGAAUGCUGCACUCUUGGCCCUAGCCGCGACUGCCGAUCUCUUCAGCGAGGACGACUGCGCGACGAAGCUGCUUCCGAUCAUGUGUCCGUCUUUAGUCGAUAAGGAGAAGCUCAUUCGGGACCAGGCGCAGAAGAGCGUUGACAUCUACAUUGCCCGCAUCCGAAAGUUCGCUGCCACUAUGCCUGAUACAGUCCUCCCAUCGCCAGGUCUCGCUACUGGUGGAGGACCUACACCCCGCAUGGGAACGCCUGCGAACGAUACUUCAUGGGCUGGCUGGGCCAUUUCGAGCUUCACAAACAAAUUAGCAUCAACGGCCGGACAGAUACAGGCUGGGUCAACCAACGGAGCAGCAGAGCAAAGGUCGUCUUCAGUACCACCAACUACGUCAGCCAACAAGCCACCAGUUCCGCUAGCAACGAAACCAGGAAUGCAACUGCACAGCGCCAAAAGCACCGCUUCUAUACCUACAAUCAAAUCGCCUGAUACAACAGCGUUCGACGACAAGGCCGAAGUUGAGGACUUUAACAACGACUGGGGUGGCUUUGCUGAUACUGCUGCUGAUGAGGAGCCCAUGGCUCACGACGAAGAUGAGGACCCUUGGGGUGCACCAGCUGUAUCAAAGCCGACAACCGCGACCUCAUAUGACGACAAAGGCGAGCCUGACUUUGCAGGGUGGUUAGCAGCACAGUCAAACGCGAAGAAGACAACCAAGAGCCCUCUGCCAAAAGGUCUUACGAAAUCAACAUCGCCAGCAGCCAAAGCAGCGAGGCCAGUGGUUGGAGCGCGAUCAAGUACGACAGGCUCAACGAGAAAGGUUGUUGCAGCGCCAAAGAAGGAGGUCAAAAAGGAGACACCGAAACCCAAACCAGCUGAAGAGGAUGAGGAAGCAGAAGGAUGGGGUGAUGCUUGGUAG